AUGGCCAGUUACAGGGACAGUUAUGGGUUCACAAUAACUCCGCCUUUGGCCAGUUAUACUCUCAUGUCUUCCAGUCUCAGGACCCUUAAUAUGGCCACUUUGACCAAAGUAGCGUGGGAGCUUCAUUUUCAAUGCCACCUCAUCGCGAACAAUGGCCCUGAAGGGUUUCGAGCGCUUUUUCCGGAACUUGAAUCACUGCAAGAGAAGUUGCGCGCUCUCAGUGAUGGGAUCGUCUCUAAUGGGCCCUUUUAUGAGAGAAUGAAGGAAGAUCGGAAAGUCGCACUCCAGGGAUGCUUAAGCACUUGCUUUGAGACGCUACGGAACUUGGAAGAUUUGAUAAAUCGCUCUCGAGAGCUAGGUAUUUGGGAUAUCAAAGAGCUCGGGCAAGAUGUCAACUGGGCUACUCUGAGACCUCAAAUCGAAGGUCUUCGCUCUAAAAUCGUUGUUCAUACUUGUGACUUGAGCUUAUUUCUAAUUCCGAGUGAAAAGUCUCAUGCCUUGGAAGAAAAUGAACGGACCGUUCUCGCACUCGACACACGGCUAGGUCAUGAUCCGGACGCUGCAAUCGGACCUUUGCACCUUCGAGCUGAUAAUGGACAUUUGGGUGAACCGAAUACCUUUCGAUUCAUGCGAACAGAAAUCACUGGCCAGCUCGAAACACACCAAGGCCAUGAUCAGCUUAGACAAGCAUCCACGUCGUCGAAUUCCUUGGCAUCCGCAUCCGAUGGCUCACUUCGUGGAAGAACCGCCCCUACGUCGCCCCUUUCGCUAGAUACAGCCCUCUCGUUAUCAGAAAGCACAAAGGGUAAAGUCAGUCACGGACAAAAUCGAAUCGAGCAGCCGCUUUAUGAUCGCUCUAUUAAUUCUCGAGCCGUUGACCAGGACUUCAUCGAAGAUAACUCUAGCUCACAGGGUUGGCAUGGCAUAGAACGAUCCAGAGACAUGCCUUACGCUGAUUCUGGGCGUAGUAAUGUCGCGGAAGCUGUGACAAGCGCAAUGGACCAGCUUCGCCAAGUGCGGUUACAGGAGCAGCUCGCCCGACCGAUUCGAUAUGCGCCGCAGAACCAAACUCAUAAACCAGAUCCGGACAUUGUCAAGAUAUUCGAAGCAUCUGUGAAUAAGGAGCUGCCAAUGAGAAACCUCGAUACGACAGACUGGCUUCAUGUGGCAACCUGGUGGUUGCUCAAGGCUCGCGCGACCCUUGCAAAUUGCAACAGACAUAAUUAUGUCAGUGCACGAGGGAGCAUGAGUCCAUCUACAGUCUCAAAAUCGACGUCGCAUCAAGCAUACAUUGAUCUCCUCAAAGCCUCCUAUAUUCUGUAUGAUGUUGUGCUCAAAGAUGAGAGUUCACCAGUGAUUUUGACCGAUGAAAAUCACAAGUCAAUUGCCGAUCUGUCUGAGGCUAUCAAUGAAGAGCUUUCGCAAUACACCACUAUUGAUAUCCCCGAGUUUUCCAUCAUUCAGUCUCAAAGUCUCGACAUAUGGGAGCCUGUGCAGCCCGAAGAAGCAUCACAAAAUGGCACAGAUAUCCCUCUGAGCCUCGGGGCAUCUCGCUGGAUCGCCGUUGACAUAGAAGAUGCGGGUGGCGACGAGGAGCGAGUCCUCUACAGAGCAUUCGUCAAUGCAGGAAUAGGAGGUAAGAAAUUUCGAAUACGCACUAAAGGCGCACCAUAUAUGCUACUGCUUGCCACUCGCGAGGGCGAAAGCGAGCCGAAAAUUAUUCUUUGCAAUCAAAGUGGUUCUCUCUGCCUUGAACGCCAAUUCGUACCUGAUGACUUGCCACCGUUGUUACAUCUUCACAACGCUACGCAAACCGGAUUCCCUGGUUCCCGCGUUUCGGAAUCAAUACCAUUCAAGUUUGAUAAUAUCAACGUGUCGAUUUCCUUUCAAUUCGAGGCCGACCUAGGGCAUUUGAUCGACAUUCCAAAGGCAUAUUUUGAUGCUAUUUGGCAAAGGGAGCCUAUCGAUUCAAAAGAGUUCACCGAGAGCAUCAUUUUCAAGAGCUCAGUGGAGUUGUUUGAACAACUAAAAACGCCAAAUAUGGAUCCCACCAAUCCACCAAUUUCUAUCAAAUCUUGCGAAGUGCGCAUCCUUGAACGUUCCUUUGGUGAAGCAUGGCACUCUAUGAGAAGAAUGGUGAUUAGUCCCUCGAUAGCUGAAAGAACCCCACAAUGCAUCGAAUUCUUCAUGCCACUCAGCAAAGUUCAGAUCAGACGCGAAUGUGGAUCACGCCAAGUGAUUCUCAAAUGGUCGGAUACUUGUCAAGAAAGCUCAGACAAGACGGAUGGCAAUUACAAUACCCUCCACUCAUACGUAUAUGACGGAAAUACGCCUAACAUUGGUGUCGAUCUACAUUUUUGCACCGAAAAAGGUGCCGAGGGCUUUGAAAAGGCAGUACUCGAGUUAAACUUUCCGUCGGAUUUUGCUUGGUCACAACUCAGCAGUUCUGGUCGUAUAUACGAUGUGGUCGAUACUGGGAGGGAACACAAACAAUACAAAGCGGUAGUUCUCUUCCAGAGCCGAUCAUCAUGGCGAUACUCUAAUGUGUACUAUCUGUACCGCGAUGCGGACUUUGCCUACGACCAUUCAUCAUGCACCGUUCGCUUUUCCCGAAUCUCCUUCACAGACUACAUUUCCACCCACGUCGACCAGCUAUACCGAGCCGAAACACCAGUUGGUUUCUCACAUUGCGAGAAGAAACUAGGCUCGGCGAUCAUCGAAUUCAACGACGAUUCGGCGUCACGCUCAUUUCUAAGUACAUUGUCUCCAUUAUAUGACCUGGCAUUCGCUCGACGCAUUCAAUCGUUAUCUACGAAGAGCAAACCCUUGUUUGGCGGAUCUAAGAAGUCAGGCAAAGGCGCUGCAGACCUUCAACUUUGGCAUCGAGGCAAUCGUUCUCAUCUUGCUGUGCGUUGGGGUGAAUCCGUUCCGGACAAGUGGUUGACCAUGGCGAUUCCUUCGGAGUAUGACGAUUCUACUAGGGAGAGUUCCCGCGUCAGCUUUCCCAAGCUACCUUAUGCUCGUGGCACGAGCCUGGAUAUGGUGAAUAUCUUGGCGCGGAAUCCUAGAAGUAGCAAUGUCGAGAAGAGGGAAGGUGUUAUCUCCAUAGUCUUUUCGUCUCCGAAAGGUAAGUUAGAGGGUCCUUUCUUGACUUUGUUUUGGUAUAGAUCUAACGGCUUAGAUCGAGAGGACUUUCUUACUGUACUCCAGAGUAAACCACCUUCGACAACAGGUUGA